AUGGCUCGGGGUGGCAGGGUCUCCGCGAGGAGCGAGCCCGGUAAGCGGAUCUUGCCUCAAUCUCAGUGGCUCGAAGAUGCCCAAAGCGACGCUGCGCAGGAUGCGGCGCUCUGUGUCACAAAAGCCUCGCCGGAAAAGGCGCCGACCCACCACCUCGUAGGGAAAAUCCACGAGGUCUUCCGAGCGGUUUUCCUUCGAAGUUCUCCCUUCAGUUCAAUCCCCGUCGGGCAUAAAAUGCGCCGAAAAGCCUUACAACGAGGAGAAGAAGCCAGCUCACAGAUUCGAGUAAGGUCUCCGGGGGCAAAUCUGUGA